AUCUUAUGUAGGAACAUGGCUCAGAAGAUUAUUACCAGCAGUCAAGAUAAAUACAUUAAUGAACAAUCUAAUAAAAGACAAUGUAUUGAUACAGAUUAUGAAAUUAUAGCAAAAGCUCCAAAGGUAGAAGCAAUUGAAGCUGUAGUACAAAAAGAAAGCAAUGUUAAGCGAAAAAACUUUGUAAUAAUGUUAGGUUAUCUUGGUAGAAAUUACUUUGGUAUGCAAAUUAAUCGUGGUACAAAAACUAUCGAAGAAAGUUUAUUAACUGCUUUAUUAAAAGCAAAUUUUAUUACAAAUUCCCAAUUUGAAGAUGUGAGAGAAAUUAGAUUUCAAAGAGCUGCUCGUACGGAUAAAGGUGUAUCAGCAGUUAGGCAAAUUGUAUCCCUAUUAUUGCCUAUUAAUGUGAAUAAGGAAGAUGUAAAUGAACACCUACCACAGGACAUCAGAGUAUUUGACAUAAAGCGGGUAACAAAAUCUUUUAAUAGUAAAACUAAAUGUGAUGCUAGAACAUAUAGGUAUGUCCUUCCUACAUUUACUUUGGCUCCAGAGGAUUUAGCUUUUCUUCAAGUUGAUGAAGAUGAAGAAAUAGAUGAAGAAAAACGACUUGAACAACUUUCUAUGAUAGCUGGAAAGCCAUAUAAUGAAUUUCGAUUGUCUCCAGAAAUGCUUAAUAAAUUACAUGAAAUUUUAAAGUUAUUUGAGGGCACACAUAAUUUUCAUAAUUUUACAUCAAAAGUAAAGCCAUUGGAUCCAAGAGCCAAGCGUUACAUAAUAUAUUUCCGUUGUAUUGAAACAUUUAUUGCAAAUAAUAUGGAAUUUGCUGUAUUGGAAGUAAAAGGUCAAAGUUUUAUGUUGCAUCAAAUUAGAAAAAUGGUAUCUUUAGUUAUAGGGAUUUGUAGAAAUAUUGUAACAAGUGACAUCAUCAAAGAUGCAUUUUCAUUGGAAAAAAUUGAUAUUCCUCUUUCACCCGGUCUUGGACUCAGUUUACAUUUUGUACAUUAUGAAUACUAUAAUAAAAGAUUUGGAGAAGAUGGGUUUCACAAAACAUUAGACUGGAAAGAAUGUAAUGAUGAAGUUGAAAAAUUUUAUAAAGACCAUAUUCUACAGGAAAUAAUAGAUACUGAAAUAUCAAAUAAAGUAAUGCUACAUUGGUUGGCAUCUUUUCUGACAUCAAAGAGAUUUGCAUUUAGACAUGUAGUCUAAUAUAAAU